AUGGCCGCUGUCCAGGGAGCUAUUUCGAAGCGCCGCAAGUUCGUCGCCGACGGUGUCUUCUAUGCCGAGUUGAACGAGUUCUUCCAGCGCGAGCUGGCUGAGGAGGGUUACUCUGGUGUUGAAGUCCGUGUCACUCCCACUGUCACCGACAUCAUCAUCCGUGCCACCCACACUCAGGAGGUUCUCGGUGAGCAGGGUCGCCGCAUCCGCGAGCUCACCUCCCUCAUCCAGAAGCGCUUCAAGUUCCCCGAGAACUCCGUCUCCCUCUAUGCCGCCAAGGUCCAGAACCGCGGUCUGUCCGCCGUCGCUCAGUGCGAGUCCCUCCGCUACAAGCUCCUCAACGGUCUGGCCGUCCGCAGAGCCUGCUACGGUGUCCUGAGAUUCAUCAUGGAGAGCGGUGCCAAGGGUUGUGAGGUUGUCGUUUCCGGAAAGCUGCGUGCUGCCCGUGCCAAGUCCAUGAAGUUCACGGACGGUUUCAUGAUCCACUCCGGUCAGCCCGCCAAGGAGUUCAUUGACAGCGCUACCCGUCACGUCCUUCUCCGCCAGGGUGUUCUUGGUAUCAAGGUCAAGAUCAUGCGCGGCUCCGACCCCGAGGGCAAGGCUGGUCCUCAGAAGACCCUCCCUGACUCCGUCACCAUCAUCGAGCCCAAGGAGGAGCAGCCCGUCCUGCAGCCCAUGAGCCAGGACUACGGUGCCAAGGCUCUCGCCGCUCAGCAGCUCGCCGAGCAGCAGCGACUUGCUGAGCAGCAGGCCGCUGAAGGCCAGGAGGGUGCUGGUGCGGAGGCUUACGCCCAGGAGUAA